UAACUCUAUUAGCGGGUUGAAUCGACUCAGUGUUAUUACUGUUCGUGUCAUUCUGCCCUUCGUAUGAACACACAAUAUAAGUAUAUUUAUAUAAUAACUAUAUUAUCUCACUUUUUUUUAACGUUUAUUGACCCACUGUUUGUUUUUCCUUCAUCAGAAACCUGACUUCUUACUUUGCUAAUUCUGGCUAAUUUAACUUAACGCUAAUAAGCUAAGCUAAGCUAUUAGCUAGUUUAGUAUUGUUUCAACUAGCUGUCAUUUAAUCAUAUUUCUGGGAUUAUAGAUGCACCACAGACACAUUUUCUCUUAUAAAUUAACAGAUUAUUUGAGUAAUCCGUCUAUACCUGUUUUUUGUAGAAAUCUACAACGUUUACUUUCUGUAAGCUAUAAAAGUUUAUUAACUUUUAUUGUUUCAACAGCACUAUACUUCUGUAAAACACGGAAAAUAGCAUUUAAACUAUUACUAUAAUCGGUUUAAUAUUUGUAGUGACCCUUGUAUUAUCCUCUAAAUUCUUGCAUUUAAGCAUUUAUCUGUUUAAUUCACAGAUUCCAUCAAUUUUUAAGAAACAUUUUUUUUUUUUUUUUUGUUACUGGAGAUUUUAAGGACCAUAAUGCUGAACUUUUCCCUGUCAGACCACGUUAUGUCAGUUUUUUACAGACCUACUUUGGAUUAAAUCCAAUUAACUCAAUAAUUAAUUAAUAAUAGCUACUACAUUCUCAAUAAUGAACCAGAACCAGUGGACAUAAGGGUCAGUGUUACUUUUGGAAGCAAGUAGACAGAAAGCUAGGGUGCCAAAACAUUUGGAGGACUCGUUCCAGCAAUGACGGCUCCGGUGUACAUCGUCGACGGCUCUCCUCUUCGAGAUCCGCACUUCACAGCCGCGAUCAGCGAAAGGAUGCGAGUCCCGGAGCGGCUCAGAGUCGCUCAGGGGGCUUUGGAGGAUCUGAAAGCCAGGGCUGAAGAGCUGCCUGCUGCUUUCAGCAUGCAUGUCCCUGACAGACUGGCGUUAACAGAUGCUCCUGACCUGAGUCCACGGCCCCUCUUCUCCCAUCACAACGCUAGAGGUUAUGCGUCUUCCAUGUGGAACCUACAGCAGGGACCCUGGGAUAGGGAAACGUUUACACGAGGGCACGUUCAGAGUCCGCUACGGAGAUCGUAUAGCGACCAGACUUUUGGUAGAACCCCAUCCGGGACACCAACACACUCCAAACACUCUUCUUCAGGCAGCCAGAGUGCUGGAACGAUGCUCGCUGUACCUACAGUCCCGGCCCUACCUGAAUCCCGGGGGCUCGGUGCAAUUGCCCCAGUCCUCCUGACACCGCACAGCAUUCUGCAGGCUGCCAAGAAGCUGGGCAAGCAGGCCUCGGACAAAAUCCUCCAGACCGUAACUCAGAAAUACUCCUCCAGGUUUGGUUUCCCAGAAAAUCCUUCACCUCAACCAGGCGCUGAUCCUGAGCAGGCCAGGACAAGUAACAACACACAGGAGUUCUGGCGCAGUCCUGAGGAGGAGAGCGGAACUACAGUCGAGUUUAUAGCGCUACGACGACAGAUGAUAAAGAUGAACAGACGGAUAGCAAGUCUGGAGAAACAGAACGGCGAACGCAAGCAGAACGAACUGCUGCUCUUCUCACUACUGCUGUCUGCCUGUCUGGUCAACGGUUGGUUCUGGAUGCGCAAAUAAACCCACAAAGCCCUCCAGGAGAUCAGCUCGCUAACACACGCUAAUUAACUGUUGCACUUAAUACAGCACUCAGCGUAGGAGCUCGCUGUGACCCGAGAUAGGUGCGAGUCUGGAGUGUUGAGUUUGCGGGAUUAAGAAGAAUCACAAGAAUUCCCACACUACUGUGAAAGUCAUGACAUUUCAGCCUGUUAUAUUAUCACCUAUUUUUACCCAAUCACCCUUUUCUGGACUCCCCCUAAAUUCUACUCGUUUGUAAUUCUUAUUUAUUUUUUUCUUGAAUCAGUAGAACCUUUCCUUACCACUAGAGGUCUUCUCAGGUCUAAAAAAAUUUUACCCCACCCGAAGUGACCCAAAUCACUGUUUACCCGAACCCGACGUGUGUAUAUAUAUAUAUAUAUAUUUUUUAAGAAAGCCCCGACCCAAGACAAACCCGAAAAAAUUAGACCCGAGUCCGACUCGACCGCAAUUUUUUUUUUUUAACCCGACUGG